AAGAGGACAGAAGGAACCUUAAGAGGAGCUUGUACCUGCAAAAAUCUACCUCCCUUUCUCACUUCUUUCUCCAGCACAUAUUGUAAACCCUAGUUUUCUCCGAUAUUCCACUCUGUCUCUCUGUGAAUCUUGGCGUUAUCUAUCUAGAUCUCUCUCAAUAUUCUCACAAUCGCAUCCGUUUUCGGCCCUGCAAAACCCUAACUUUUUCCCUUGUUCCCCCUAAUCGGGGCAUGUUAGGUCUCAGAGGUUGAAACUCUUGCGCCAGAACCUUGGGUGCUUGAACUUUAGGAAGGAAGUAUGUACAGGGAUCGAGGAGGCGGGGUUGGGAGGUCGGCCAAAUCAGAGAUUGUAGGAGGAAGAGGGCCCUUGGAUCGAAAGCGCAUCGUGAAUGAUGCUCUGGACAAGCACCUAGAGAAGUCCUCUCCGUCCACUUCGAGGGGGAUCAACACUAAGGAUAAGGAGAGAUCGUUGGUCACUUCCACUUCCACCGGAAAAGCGCAGCUUGAUCACCGUGACUCCCGCUCCGCCUCCCUCGCGAAGAACAAAGGCUCUGAUGAGGAAUCUGAAACCGACAGUGAAGAGUCAGAUGUCAGUGGUUCUGAUGGAGAUGACACCGCUUGGAUUUCAUGGUUCUGCAACUUGCGAGGAAAUGAGUUUUUCUGUGAAGUUGAUGAUGAAUACAUCCAAGACGAUUUUAAUCUUUGUGGCCUGAGCAGUCAAGUUCCUUAUUAUGAUUAUGCACUUGAUUUAAUUUUGGACGUCGAAUCUUCUCAUGGAGAUAUGUUCACUGAAGAACAGAAUGAGUUGGUAGAAUCAGCGGCUGAGAUGCUGUAUGGUCUGAUUCAUGUGCGGUACAUAUUGACUACGAAGGGAAUGACUGCCAUGUUAGAGAAGUACAAAAACUAUGACUUCGGAAGAUGUCCGAGAGUUUACUGUUGUGGUCAGCCGUGCCUUCCUGUUGGUCAGUCGGACAUUCCUCGUUCGAGUACUGUUAAAAUAUACUGUCCUAAAUGUGAAGACACAUAUUACCCUCGGUCCAAGUACCAAGGCAAUAUUGAUGGAGCUUAUUUUGGUACCACCUUUCCUCAUUUAUUUCUUAUGACAUAUGCACACCUAAAGCCGCAGAAGCCAACGCAGAGUUAUGUCCCAAGAGUUUUUGGCUUCAAGCUUCACAAGCCCUGAAACUGGAGUUGGAAGCUGGGAUUUCUCAUUGUCCAUUAGUGGUGGUCGAUCUCGCUUGGCCUUGUGCUCUGUUGAAGUAUAAAGGGCUCCCUAUUCUCUAACCAGUGAGUUUCCAAGAUUAUUAUGAUUGUUGUAUCCAGUGAAAUGUUUAAAAAUGCAGUAGUAUCCAAUAUGGUCAAGUCUGACCUCUUUAAUUUUAAUUCUUGAAUCUAACAGAGUGUUUGCAAGUUUUUUCCCCCUAAAUUUGUCUUGUUUGGUUUGAGAAUUAUUUAAUGUAGUUUCACCUUUCUCAUGUUUGAACAACACGUCCAGUAAUACCUAGCUCUUUUUAAG